CGCUCUCCUUCCUUCCGCGCCCGGCCUGGCGGGCCCAGCUCCUCCCCCGAUCGGCCUCGCUCCUUCCCUGGCCCUCCCUCCACCGGCCGUUCCUCUCUCCCUCCUCCUCCUCCUCUUCCUCGGCGAGGCGCUCCUCCAGCAGCCAGACAGCAUGGCGGCCGUGGAGACGCGGGUGUGCGAGACGGCCGGCUGCAGCAGCGAGGCCAAGCUCCAGUGUCCCACCUGCAUCAAGCUGGGCAUCCAGGGCUCCUACUUCUGCUCGCAGGAAGAAGGAAAAACAGGUGAAACUCCAAUCUGCCCCGCCCCUUUGCCAGUCAUGUCUGUGAUGAAGAAUAGCUUGGUCAGGGAGGAAGAGAAGAAGUUGAAAUUGCUGGCUAAAGAAUGUUUUAAAGGAAGUUGGGCUACUCACAAGUUACUACAUAAGAAAGCAAAAGAUGAAAAGGCAAAGCGGGAAUUGUCUUCCUGGAGUCUAGAAGGUGAUAUUAACACUGACCCAUGGGCAGGUUAUCGGUACACGGGCAAACUCCGACCACAUUAUCCACUGAUGCCAACCAGGCCCGUGCCAAGUUAUAUUCAAAGACCAGAUUAUGCUGAUCAUCCUUUAGGAAUGUCUGAAUCUGAACAAGCUCUUAAGGGUACUUCUCAAAUUAAAUUACUCUCAGCGGAAGAUAUAGAAGGGAUGCGACUCGUAUGUAGGCUUGCUAGAGAAGUCCUGGACAUUGCUGCUGGGAUGAUUAAGCCAGGUGUAACUACUGAAGAAAUAGAUCAUGCUGUGCACUUAGCAUGUAUUGCAAGAAAUUGCUAUCCUUCUCCAUUGAAUUAUUAUAAUUUCCCAAAGUCUUGUUGUACUUCAGUGAAUGAAGUUAUCUGUCAUGGAAUUCCAGACAGACGGCCCUUGCAAGAAGGUGAUAUUGUUAACGUGGACAUCACUCUUUAUCGCAAUGGUUAUCACGGGGACCUGAACGAGACGUUCUUUGUUGGCGACGUGGAUGAAGGGGCACUGAAGCUGGUUCAGACCACAUAUGAGUGCUUGAUGCAAGCCAUCGACGCAGUGAAACCUGGCGUUCGAUACAGAGAACUGGGAAACAUUAUUCAGAAGCAUGCCCAAGCAAAUGGCUUUUCAGUUGUUCGAAGCUACUGUGGGCAUGGAAUCCAUAAGCUUUUUCAUACAGCCCCCAAUGUACCCCACUAUGCCAAAAAUAAAGCAGUUGGAGUGAUGAAGGCGGGCCACGUAUUUACUAUUGAGCCAAUGAUUUGUGAAGGUGGAUGGCAGGAUGAAACCUGGCCCGAUGGAUGGACCGCGGUGACGAGAGAUGGGAAGCGGUCUGCUCAGUUUGAGCACACCCUGCUGGUCACGGACACUGGCUGUGAAAUCCUAACCCGGCGACUGGAUAGCGAGCGGCCUCACUUCAUGUCCCAGUUUUAAUUUCCCCGAGAUGGCACAUCUCAGUAACACUUCCUGGCUGUACUAGGCUUUUUAUUGAGAGUACAGAAUGGAAGAGAAAAUUUUUUAUUAUUUGUUUUGUUUUGACUAUAGAUAAGGAAGGAUUACAGCAUCUGACACAUGUCCUCAAGAACUUGUCUUGGGUCUGGAAAAGCCAAGAAGAAUAAAGGAAACACUUUCAACUCCUUUCAGUGUUCCCCUCUCUCCCUCCUCCCACCCCCAAUCUCUGCACCCCUGUUUUCUCAUUUGCCCUUUGAGCACUUUUACCUAAACCUGCUUCUAGUUGCUUUUACCACUGCCACAACUGGGCACCGAGAGCCAGCUGCUUUCCAGAGAGAUGAAUGUAGAACAUGAGAACCCUUGAAACUUUAGCAACAUCUGUUGCUUCAGAUUUUUUUUAUUAUAUAGGAAAUAUAUAUGUAUACAUUUUAAAUUCCUUAUAUGUAAUUACUGAACACUAUGUGCCCUGGGUUUGUGUUGAUUCUGCUCUGACAGGGUUACAUGCUGUCAUAAAUGGACCCAUAGUGUGCAGUAGUUAGCUUAAUUCCCAGUUGGGAAUUGCCCCUUCCCCCACCCCCGCCCACCCAAUGCUAAUUCUUUACCUUUGUAGUUGUGUGUAAGGAAACACUCAGUCAGACUGUCAGUGAAUGGAUGUGGCAAAAUUCACUUUGGGAAAAGGUUAGGUUUUUAAAAAAAUCUAGUUUAUGGCAAAAAUAGCCAUGCUCCACGUGAUGGUGGCUGUUGCAGAGCAUGAGGGUUUUGUAAUACAUUGCUAUUUCAAACCUCUGUUUGGUCAAAAUGGGAGGGAAAGAGUUCCCUUUCUUCCACACUUUUUUAUUUCUAGAGCACACCUUGGAGAUAUUCAGAGGAGGGUGGAGGUUGCACUUGGAAGUGGAUGGGGAAAGCCAGUUCUGAAAGCUCUCCAGCAGUGAGCAGAGUCGGUCAGGUGAGAGGUUAGACCUAACAUUUAGUAAGCCUGGUGGUGAGGAGAAAGGACCCUUGCAGGACUGGCCUGUUUCCUUGCAGUAGGAAUGCAGCUGUAAACAUACUUCACCUUUACAUCUCUGGGAAUCUCAUUAGAAAUGACCUCAGCUGCCCAAUAUCUGUGUUCUUUUCAGUAGGUCAGUCCAGGUGGGAUUGUACCCAGUGAAGGCAUAGCAGAUCAAAGGCAUUGCCUUAGAGUGUACUUGAUUACUGGGUUUCAGGUGACUUUCUUGUAAGAUAAUUCGAUACCACUGACAUGUUGAUACUUGUAGGAGAAUAUCUUUCCCAGAGUGCCUCAGACGUUGUUGCUUUGAAAGAAUUACGAUAAUGUUUUCAUUUUAUUAUUUUAAUGAUUUAGUCAGGUGACUGAAUCUGGUGUAGACUUUCGGGGGUAUGUGUGCGAAGUUUUUUAUCAAACUGUAAUAUUUGUGAAUGGAAUGCCUUGCAAUAUGAAUGUUAAUAUAAUGUGUAAAGGGAGAUUAAAAAGUUUGAGUGAUUAUCCCGCCAUGUAGUCAUUAACUUUGCUGCAUUUUGUUUGGGAUUUCAGAGGGAAAUGGGGAGGCUGAUUUCAUAAUCUAAAAUAAACUCACAACUAGUUGAAUAAAAAUAUUCCUUCAAGUUUAAUGGCCAUAUAAAAAUUCCAGUACUGUGUUUAGUUCAGCAGUCUACCCAGCAACAUUUGAGAUGCAAAUGUGUUUUUGAGAGCUUUUAAGACAGAGAAUGCUACAUAGUCAGUGGAGCAUUGUAUGUACUGGUGGUGGGAUUAAGUGUGUGCUGAUUCAAUGUCUAUCAUUACAAAAUAAGCUCCAGGAAAAAAUCUUGGUAGGAUGGUUCUUUUGUUAAAAGAUAAGACACCAUACUGGUGGUGAUGCUUUUCUCGGUUUGGGAGAUUUUAAAAUAAUACGGGCUCUAUUCUGAUUGUAUAUAUCUAAUUAUAGAUGUUUAUUAGUUUUAGAUAAGAAAACAUCUAGUUACAUCAUUCUGCCAACUUCUCAAAAAAAAUGAGCCAAUGUGUUAACUUUUUUUUGUAAUAACGUUUUGUUUUGUUUUGUUAAUCCUCACCCAAGGAUAUUUUUCCAUUGAUUUUUAGGGAGAGUGGAAGAGAGAGGGAAAAACAGAGCGAAACAUUGAUGUGAGAGAAACACAUCGAUUGGUUAUCUCCUGCACACUCCCUGACCAGGGCCCUGGGCCAGGGAGGAGCCUGCAACUGAGGUACAUGCUCUUGACCAGAAUUGAACCUGAGAUCCUAUGGCCUACAGGACAACACUCUGUCCACUGAGCCAAACCUGCUAGGGCUGUAAUAACUUUUAAAUAAUCUUUUUUCCCCCCUACCAGUCCUACAUGCCCCUUUGGAAUUAUAAUUUAGAAGAAGGAAAACAUAUUAGCCUUUUAAUUUCAUUUUAUGUCUUUUGCUGAUAAAAUGGAUUAAGGUUCAUUAGAACUCAUUUACCAACACCUUUAUACCACUUGCCAUCCACAUGUCUUAAGUAAAUAGGAAGAAGGGUUUAGAAAUUUGUUUGCCAUCUUAGCUUGAUUCCUCAAUUUGUUCUAUAAUCACUUCUGGUAUUGCAUUGGAUUUGGUUAAAAUUAAGAGCAGGAUGCUCCACUUUGCUAAAGCCCCCCAAGGCACCCCCAUGAUAUCAGUAAGCUAUUUCUCUCUUUUUUCCCUUAGUUUAUAAUUUCCAAUUUUUUAUUUUGAAAAUUUAAAAAAACUUGAAAGUAUAUUUAUAAAAACCAUAAAAUAAUCACAUUUCUUUUUCUUGUACUCAACAAUUGUUAUUUUGUCAUAAUUUGUCUAUCUAAGCACACUUUUCAUUUGAAAGAAGUGGCAUUGUACUUCAGCCAUUACUAAUACAGCAUGUAUCUUAAAACAAGGACAUUUCCUACACAACCAGAGUUCAUUUAUCUUACCCAAGGAAUUUAACAUUGAUACAGAAUUGUCUACUGCAGUGAUUUUCAACCUUUUUAAUUUCAUAGUAUACAAACUAAUUAAAAUUUGGCACAUCAAAAAAUUUUUUUUGCUGAUCUCACCAAAAAAAAGAUAUUAUUUUGAUUUAUUCACACUAGAUGGUUUUUGUGUUAGCUGUUUUUUUUAUUUUUUUAUUUGACAACCUAAGGGAAAAGAAGUCAGUGCCCCUGACUAAAUAGGUAGUGCAUGUUUUAAAAAUUUCUUGUGGCACACCAGUGUGUCGUGGCACACCGGUUGGAAAUCGCUGGGCUAAUGUAUCAUACAUAUUCAAGCUUGAGUCUCAAUUUCUCCCAAAAUGUUCUUCAAAGUUUUUUUUUUUCAAUCCACUAUCCAGACCCAUGGCAUUCAGUUGUCAUGUAUCUGUGGUCUUCUUUACUCUAGAGCAGUGGUUCUCAACCUUCCUAAUGCUGCGACCCUUUUACAGUUCCUCAUGUUUUGGUGACCCCCAACCAUAAAAUUAUUUUUGUUGCUACUUCAUAACUGUAAUUUUGCUACUGUUAUGAAUUGUAAUGUAAAUAUCUGAUAUGUGGGUUGUAUUUUUAUUGUUACGAAUUGAACAUAAUUAAAGCAUAGUGAUUAAUCACAAAAACAAUAUGUAAUUAUAUACGUGUUUUCCAAUGGUCUUAGGUGACCCCUGUGAAAGGGUCGUUCGACCCCCAAAGGGGUCGCGACCCACAGGUUGAGAAGUGCUGCUCUAGAGCAAUUCUCCCCCCCACUCCCCCCACCCCCGCCUUUUUUUUUUUAAUUGACACUUGAAAAAGCAGGCCAGUUAGCUUGUAGAAUUCUGUAUUUCUCUGUUUCUCAUAAAUAGGUUCAAGAUAAACAUUUUGGCAGAAGACACCAUAAUGGCAUAUGGUAUGUCCCUUUCAUUGCAUCACAUCUCAUCAGGAGGCACAUAAUAUUGUCAUAUUUAAUGCCAAUACAAGUUUGUCACUUGGAUUCUGUCAGAUCUUUUUAUUUUAAAAAUUUAAAACAUCUUUUUUUUAAAAAGCAAAUAAUUUGGGAGAAGAUACUUGGACACCAUUUGGAGAUCCUGUUCACUCAAUGGUUUUAGUGUUCACUGCAGAAUCCAUUAUUUUAUUGAAUUGAUUGCUGCAAAUUGGGACUUUCUAAACCUAGUAUUUCAUCUGCAUUAUUAGCUAGCACCCUUUUACAAAGAUGUGUUUUUCCUCCCUCUUACCACUUUUUUUUUUUUUUUUUUUUUUUUUUUUAGUAUUUUUGGGUUCAUAGAUUCUUUUUAAACAUUCUACUUAAAUUACUGGAAUUCCAAAUUGGGUCAGCAGGAACACCUUUAAAGCUUAUUCAUGGGUUAUUUUGACUUGUGCCUAAAAGGCAUAAUAUCGUGCCUUUUGCUAUAGCAAGAUAUUCUAGGUUUAUCAUACACUUUGCCUGCCCCACACUGGUAUCUGGCUAUUUCUUCAAGGAAAAACCCACUUUCUUUUCUUGGGAAAUCAAGAUCUGUGUGCUACUGGGAUGUCAUCGUUUCUAGGCUUUUUUAGGGAAUGGAGCCAGAAAAUACAUUGCUUAUAUAUCAUGAAUUUCUUCACAUACUUUAUUUCACAUCUAACAUCUGUCUCACCUUUCCCUGUUCCCUAUCUAUAUCUUCUCUGAUGGUGAGAACUUUGGUUCUGAACAUCAGUAUUUACUAUUUAGUUGAUUCUACAAGAUGUAAAAUUAUUUCAGAAUGACUACAUGAAGAUCACUACCAACAAUAAAGUUAUUUAGUGCAAA